CUAAAAUAUAGUAUUAAGUUGUUGAAAUGGUGGGCGGCGUAGAAGAGCGGCAAGCGUGGAAGCCAUGGCUUCGAAUCUCGUUCACAAAAAAUCCCCCUUCUACACAAAAGGGAGACUUCGGAAAUAUACCAAGAAAAUUGAUUUUGUUUGUGAGAAUUGUACACGAAGACAAAUCAGACGUAUUCACAUUGAGAGAUCUACAAUAUGAGGUUAAAAUUUAUCAAAUCAAGGCUGAACUUGAACUUCUGAGCGGAAUUCCCUCUAUUAUGAUGGAAAUGUAUUCAAUUCCGGAAAAAUCAUUCGACGACGAAGACUCUCUUUUUCAAGGAAAAAAUGUAUCAUUUGGAGACACAGUAAGAGUACAUCUGAAUGAUGCGUGGAAUGGAUUAUUUCAAGCUUGCUGGAAAGGCAGCGUGUCUGACGUGAAACGUUACCUGAACAUAGCACAAGAACAGCUCGAACUGAUCUCUGGGUUACCUAGUGAACAUGGAUUUAUACGGGAUAGAGAUUAUGAGCACUUGUUGGGAACAUCACUCUUUAUUGCCUCUAGAAGAGGAGAUGAAAAAUUAUGUAAACUGCUUCUCAAGCAAGGCGCAAAUGGAACGUACACGACUUUACUCGGAAACAGUUGUCUUCAUGUCUCUGCAUCCGCGGGUCAUUUAUCAGUAAUACAACUGCUUGUAUCGCAUGGCGCUAACGUUAGGUGUCACAACAUUCACAACAAGUCGGCAAUUGAAGUAGCCAGAGAUCGAGGGCAUAUUGAGUGUGCAAGAUGGUUAUGGCUUAACCAAUGGUCAUUAUCAAUUACCAAAGACAUGGUAAAUACAAUAGAACGACCUGAAAUAUCUUCAAAAUUAUUCAUUACACCGCCAGUGGUUCCAGAACCAAUCAACGGAAAUUCUAAAGAAAAUCGUUUUCGUGGUAAAUCGCCAUCAAAAAAUGCUAGAAGUGAUACGGGAAGAAAAACAUACAAAUCAAAUGGUACGAGGCCGCAAACAGCUUAUCCUCUUCGUUCUAGAAAUCCAACGAAGUCUUAUGGGUCAGUAUUACCAUUACGAAGCUUCUCCGCGCGUUCAAAUGAUGCUGGAACUUAUACUUAUCCCACGUCCGAGCUUCCUGUCUUUCCCACCGGAAAACAUAAAGAUAAAAAUGAGAAAAUCAUCAAUUUUUUUAUAUCACGAAAAGACAGACAGCAGUCUAUACCGACAAGAUAUACAACACUCAAUGCUCCAAUAACAAACGUAAUGGGUGUGGCUCUUUCCCCAAGAACAACAGUAGAAAAAGAACGUGUUUCUUUGUCUCAAGCUCGACCAAGAUCUGCAGUCUGGACAGACAAAUCAGAUCAUCGCCAAGAGAACGUUGAACAAAACAAUAUAGCAACAGAAACGGAAUAUAUUCAUAAGACUAAAGACUCUCGAUACUCGGUGUCAUUUGAAGAUCAUUCAGUUUGUCCUGAAGAUAAUUCACCUAAAAGCACUGAUGAUAUUUCAAAUCACGAGAAUUCUUAUUCUACUCCACCCCCAAGCCCAAAUCAACCUUUAAAUUACCCUGAAGUAUAUCCACUUUUUAACAAGGACGAUAAUUUAUCAGAAUCCCAAUUUGAAGAAAAUCAGGAAAAUUCUGACAAAAAUAUUAUAAAAAUCCCUGUUACAUUACCAGACGAAGACUACAUUCCGUUUGAUUCUCAUCAAAAAGAAUUAGACAGUUUACUCGAAUUUUAUAAAAAACAGGAAUUUGAACGACAACGGGAACAAGAAAAUAUUUCCAGCUAUUCGAAUCAACUUGAGUCAAUGAAGCAAAAGUCAAAUGCUGCUGAACCCAAGCGGCAAACAUCAAAAAUAUGUUCAAACAUUAAACCUAAAAACGACAUCUACACUGGAAGCGCGAGUGAUGAAAUUCAUACAAACGAGAAUUUAGAAAUUGUAGACGAAAUGCUGCCGUCACGUACUUUAAUAAACCCAAAUCAGCCUAAAACAAGUUUGUUUUCAUCAAACAUAGAACAGGAAUUUUUAGAAUCGCCGAAGAAACACCAUCAACAAAAACCAUCUAUACCCUCUUUAAAUGAAAAACUGGAAAAAACGUCUCUUUCUUCAAAUGAGACAGGAAAUGUAACUACAAUACUCAAAUCUAGUGCUUCACCGAAGCCGCAAACCAAGCAAAGAGUUUCCUUCACAGACGAUUAUCAUCAACCUAAAGAAUCUACGGAUGAAAAAGAAGACAAAAACAAGAAAGCCUUUGAAGCUUGGCUUUCUAAAAAACGAAAAAGUAUAUCUAAGCAAAAAGAAGAAUGCGCCGAAAUGCAAGCAAGAAUAGCAAAACUGAAAUCUAGGCGAUAUACUUCCAUGAGCAUGACUUUUGAUGAAUGGCUGAAAAUGAAAAAUGAAGAAUCAGAGAAUGUGUCACUGCACAAGGAACAAGACAAUGUAUCAGAGAAGAAUUCUUUUUCAAAUCAAAAAGAGUAUUUAGAAAAUGUCGUCAGUUACAUUGUACGUCAACUCACGAGUGGCUCUGCUUCAAUUACCAUCAAAGUAAAAAGAGCAUUAGCAGCAACUGAGAAAAUAAAGUCACUGAUCUUAAAUUCAAGACAAAAAGCAAAUGCAUUGAUUAAAUGUUUGAUUGUGGAAACAAAAGACCCGUUGCACAAAAUUAUUUUGUGUUAUAUGCUCACUGUAACGGAAGAGAACAAGACCGAUGAACAUCACACUGAUCACACUGAGCAUGUACAAGUUAGAAAGAGAAAUAGCAGGUUUAAAAAAACGUACGAUGAAUGGAUGAUGGAAAAAGAAAGAUCAAUAAAACAAGACAUGGAAAAGAGAAGAUCUGCAGAAAUGGAGCAAAAACGAAAAGAAGAGCACGAGGCAGAAGCAAGGGAAAAAGAAUACAAUAGAAGGAUGGAUGCUUGGCGGAAAAAGAAAGAACAAAUGAAAAAGAACGAGCAAGAACGACAGAAGCGAAUUCAACAAAUGGAAGUCGAGAGAGCAAAUCUUGAAUAUGAAGAGUGGUUGAGCAAACCAAGAGUGAAAACAUUCGAUGAGUGGAAGAAAAGUAAAACUCAGGAUUCCAAAUUGAAUGAAGUCUCAAAAGCACAGAAAGUAAUGAUAGAAGAACACGAGCAAGAAAUGGAAGAAAUGAGACAGCAAAUUGCAAAAGAAAAAUUUCAUCAAUGGGUACUCAAAAAGGAUAUCGGUAAAUUGAAAGCAAGCGAAAUGGAACUUGAACAAACGAGAAACAGGCGAAUAAAGAGAGACCGCUUGAAACGAAUUCGAGAAGGGGUAGAGGAGUGAAUGAGUCAUCUUCCAACAAAACUUACGUCUACGAAAAAUAAAAGGAAUUUAGUAUUUUUAGAUAUCGAGAUAAGAACUAUAUAUUAUUGCGCAUUUCACUGUACCCGCUGCAUUACACAUGGUUGUGUCCAUUUAUUAAUAGUUUAUAAUCAAAUAGUUUUACAAUGAGAAUUAUUUUAUAACCUGCACUUUAGAAUUACACAGUAAACUGAGUAAAGCCUGUAUGAGAUUAUUCACAGACACAAAUUUUUGAUGUUUUAAUUUUUUUACUUAUAAACAUAAAAUCGCAAUUUAUAAAAAUAUUGUAUUUUGUACAAAUUAUAGUCAUUCUAUCGAAAUCAAUUUUAAAAAGUGCUUUUAAUUUAUGCCCUACUUUGAACGUGACUACAGAAGGUGUACAAAAGAUUACAUAACGUUAAAUCGACGUCGAUAUCGUCUCUGUAUCAGUCUCAGUAGCAUGAAUUAGAAUUAUUCAUUAUUGUAAUUGUGUUUAAUCCCUUUGUAUCAGCUUGCUUUGUAGGGCCUGGCGGGAAAGUAGGGGAAGUAAGGAAUAUGGAGUUGUAUGAAAGACGAUUCUUGCAACCUACUAUACUG